AUGGUGACGUCGGAAGCGCCAACGGAUUUCCCUCCUCCUCCUCCCUACAAUGUUGUCACGACAACUACUGCGGCUGCAAGGAUCUCGAGAGGAUGUCAGAAUCCGCCCAAGGAUUGUAAUUGCGUUGCUUCUUCUGAGCUUCAAAUGGCGCUGGAACGCUUCCGAGUCUACAAACGUGCAUUAGGUACGACUAUCUUUGUUGGCUUCUACUACAUAAUCUAUCUGGCUCUGAUUGGGUACUUCUUCAAAUGCCAUCGAGACCAUAUCAUAGCCUUGAUCGUUGUUGGGAGCAUGUGUUUGCUAGCCAUUUGGGGUUGUCUGAAGCAGAAUAGCGCGAUGCUGUUUCCGAUGUUCUUGAUGCAUGUAAGAAAUAAAUUGGCUUUGUUAAUUGAGCAAGUUUCUUUUUUCAAGAUUGUCUCAUUCAUCACCUUCUUGACUGCUUUUGUGUUCACCACGUUCUGCCUGUUCGAUACCAAUCUCACCUAUUGGGACAAAAUAGUAGAUCAGGCACCCCAGCUCCAGCAACUAGCGAAUGCUUUGUACUCGUUAGGUAUCGGUAAGCGACAGGCGAUUUUUGUCUUCAUGACAUUCUGGCUGUUUUGCGCAAUGGCUGCUAGUAUGGUUGUCUCUACUAUCUGGACACUGCUCGAUAAGAUGCCUAUGUACUGCUCCGAACUUCAUAAGAUCGCUCUCUCCAUGUUCGGCAACAAAACGGACCUGAAGAACCCGACACUUGUGAAACACCUUCGGAUGCAUGUUCGAGCUCGGGCGUUGGGUAAGGCGCAAGCGACUACUGUCUAG